AUGGAGCCUGCAUUUAUUUAAUAACAAUAACAUUCCUUAAGUCAAGAAUUCCACUAAUAUAUUCUUCUCCAACAACCAAUUUAUUCUCUCUGCUAAGAUUGCUCUUUCUCUUAGAAAAGAACAAAAAAAUUACAAUUAUAUAAAGAGAAUGACACUACAAUUGUACCAUAAAUUGAUUUAAUAAACCUAGUCCCUACGAUGUUAAUAUCAAUAUGCUUCCUUAAUUAUUCAAUAGUUCUAUAUCUACCUCUUGAUAAAUGCGCCUAAUUUAUAGAUCAUACAAUUUAUAAGAUUAAAUGUCCUUAACAAAUUAGAUCAAAGGGUGUUGUUCAAAAAGAACGAUUAACAAAAAAAAAGGAGAAUAUAAAUUCAAGGCAAGGAAACAGAUUUAAUUUUAUGA